AUCCAGGGACUUUUUUUAUUAUUUGUUUGCACUGUUCCUUGUCCUUCUUCAUGUUUUAUUUACGAGGAAUCAUUCAUCAGUAGUUCAUCCUUUAUAAGCAUCAUUCAUUCUCACACCCAUCCAAGUUAAAAGAUUUGAAAACUCAAGCGUGACAUUCACUAAUAUGCCUGCACAACGACAGUCUCUACAGGCUUCUCCUAUGGAGCAUAAUACACAGCGCAAAAACCAGACCUGGACACGCCACCAAAGUAAUAACAGCCCUACCAUGGUAUCCAACCAACAAUCGCAACAUUAUUUAGCUCCACAAGCUCUGAACGGUGAUAACGGCGCUCAUGGUCAUGGCCGCUCGGCAGAUACUGAAAAGGGCUUCUUUAUGAAGCCGCUAACAUACGCACCGGACUAUCGAUUUAACUUAUACGUUCAAGGGUUAGAACCUACAACCACAACUAGGCAACUCUUUCAUUUGUUUGAACCGUUCGGGAAUAUCCUUGCUUGCAAAAUUAAUCGUGAUGUUGGGACAGGGUUAUGCAGAGGAGGCUUCGUAUUGUUCGAUAAUCAAGACAGUUGCAAUCAAGCACGCAGAGAGCUUACACUCCAAGGGCUUUAUGUUACCCCUGCAAAUGAAUCAGCAUGCAUCAAAAACCUGCCUCCUGUAGAAAACGGAAUACUUGGGGCGAAAAGGCAAGAGGUGCCAGAAGUAAGAUAACAAGAUCAACAUUUCCACGCUGCUAUCUACCGCUGAAAACAACUUUAAGG